AUGUCAAGAAGACUAGGACGAACAUUGAAUGAAAAUCUUGUAGGCAUACAAGUAUUGACAACAGACAUACCAACUGAUGCGACAGAGUCUAAAAAAUUCUUGGAUAAAGAGUCAGCAAGUCAACAAAUUAAGGAAAAAAUAGGUCAUUCGGUAAAAAAUACAAUAAUAUCUAUAAAAAUUGACAUCGCAACUCGCAUGGAAAGAAGCGUUCUGGGGAUCAACAUCGAAUACAUUAAAGAUUACAAAGUCAUUGUUCAUACAAUUGGAAUGAUUGAAACAACUAAACGACAUACAGCUGCAAAUUUAAAGGAAGAAAUUAUGAAAUGUCUCAACGAGUAUGGCUUUGGGAUAAACCAAAUUUAUUCCAAUACCACUGACAACGGCGCAAAUGUAGUUAAAGCGUCCAAAUUGCUACACGAUAUGCAGCAAGAAAGUUUAGCAAACGAAGAUGCUAUAAAUGAUGUUGAGACAGACCAUAUUGAGUCCCAAAUCGCUUCUGUGUUUUCUGUGGAUCACUUAAUCAGGACUUACGAAAUGAUCCAGAAAAUUGAAAAUCCAUCAGUAUAUGAGAAUGAUUGCACUUCUGGAGUUGUACCACAUACAACACAGGACAAUGAACUUCCAAGCACAUCGAAAGGGGCGUACCAUAUGUUAACGCUUCACGUAAGGUCAUUGGCAAAAUCGCAAAGUGCAAUGAGACCAAUCGUAAAACCUGACAUCAAGCAAAAGCUGGUUAAUCUCUGUGUAAAAGAAAUGGAACCGUUCGACACAAAUGUCCUGGAAUACUGGAGAAAAUUUUAUCGGAAUGAGUGUGAGAUGUUGAAGUUAGCGGAGGUUGUAUUAGCAGUACCAGCAACACAAGUUUCUGUUGAGCGGGCUUUCAGGACACUUUCUACAAUACUCACUAAGUUACGUACAAAAUUGUAA